AUAACUAAUUUAUUUUAAUUUAAGAAUGUUAAGUUGACUACAUAGGACCAAUUGAAUUGGGUUUGUGUUCCUCUGUUUUUGAUUCAGAAUAUUGAACAUAGCCCUAGCUUUCAUUCAUUCCUAAAAAUGGAGGCUUCUUUUCGUUCCGGCGGAUUCACAGCACCCUGCAACUUUCCAUCUCAACAAAAUCCACAUUCCCUCUUUCCCUCCCGCUCCUUCCUGGGCUGCCCAUCUCGAUCCUUAUCUACAAUAGUGGAGAAUGCAGCUAAAAACGGAGCUUUAAGGAUCAAGGGCAACAAGAAGGGGAUUCAAGCUGUGCUUGGACAACGACAAUUAGAUGAAGAAGUAGAGCAUGAUUCGGACGCAGGAGCAUUAAGUUGCGUAAUGAAGUUUGGUGGGUCAUCAGUAGCUUCAGCUGAGAGAAUUAGGGAGAUAGUUCAACUCGUUCUCAGUUUUCCAGAAGAAAACCCCAUUGUUGUUCUUUCUGCUAUGGGAAAAACCACCAACAAUCUCCUACUUGCUGGGGAGAAAGCAGUUGGUUGUGGCGUUUCAAAUGCAUCAGAAAUCAAAGAGUUGAGCUUCAUAAAAGAGCUGCAUCUCAGGACUGUUGAUGAACUUGAAGUUGAUCGCUCUGUUAUCUCUGAACAUUUGGAAGAACUGGAACAACUUUUGAAAGGAAUAGCUAUGAUGAAAGAAUUAACUCUUCGCACCAGAGAUUAUUUAGUUUCUUUCGGAGAAUGCAUGUCCACAAGAAUAUUUGCUGCUUAUCUCAAUAAGAUUGGUGUAAAAGCUCGCCAAUAUGAUGCAUUUGACAUUGGUUUCAUAACCACAGACGACUUCACAAAUGCAGAUAUCUUAGAAGCAACUUACCCUGCUGUGGCUAAAAGGUUACAUGGUGAUUGGAUUGCUGAUCCUGCAAUCCCAGUUGUUACUGGCUUCCUUGGAAAGGGUUGGAAAUCUUGUGCAGUUACUACCUUGGGUAGGGGCGGUAGCGAUUUGUCCGCCACUACUAUUGGUAAAGCUCUUGGCUUACGAGAAAUUCAGGUGUGGAAGGAUGUUGAUGGUGUAUUGACCUGCGAUCCCAGCAUUUAUCCGAGUGCAAAGCCUGUGCCUGUUUUGACUUUUGAUGAAGCAGCUGAGCUUGCAUACUUCGGUGCUCAGGUUUUGCAUCCCCAAUCCAUGAGACCAGCAAGAGAAGGUGAUAUUCCUGUUAGGGUAAAAAAUUCAUACAAUCCAAAAGCUCCUGGCACACUCAUCACUAAAACCAGAGAUAUGACAGAGGCUGUUCUAACCAGCAUAGUUUUGAAGCGUAAUGUUACGAUGCUGGAUAUUGUGAGUACACGCAUGCUUGGUCAAGUUGGGUUCCUUGCAAAGGUUUUCUCAAUCUUCGAGGAUUUGGGCAUUUCGGUAGAUGUUGUUGCUACUAGUGAAGUCAGUUUAUCUUUGACAUUGGAUCCUGCAAAACUCUGGAGCAGAGAUCUAAUCCAGCAGGAACUUGACAAUGUAGAGGAAGAGCUUGAAAAAAUUGCACACGUGAAACUUUUGCAGCAUAGAUCAAUCAUCUCUCUUAUCGGGAAUGUUCAGCGUUCUUCGUUGAUUCUUGAGAAGGCGUUUCAUGUUCUUAGGACACAUGAUGUCAAUGUUCAAAUGAUUUCACAAGGCGCAUCCAAGCAGGUGAACAUAUCGAUGAUUGUAAAUGACAGUGAAGCUGAAAGAUGUAUCGAGGCCCUUCACCAGACCUUCUUCGAGAGUGGUAAAAUAACAGAAGAGAAUGGGUCCUUCGCAGAUGGCCUUUGUGACGUUUUGGUCGCCUAAUACCAAUACUAAUACUCAUAGCCUUCCCUUUUUUAUUUUUCCUCUCUUUAAGGCGUAUCAUUCAGUUUCAUUUUUGGUUAUAAAAGUUAAAACAUUGCAAAACGUUAGUAGUUGAUUUGUAAUAGCCAGUGGAAACAAGACAGUAUGCAUGCCAAUAUCAAUAUGCAUACUCUGCCUUUCACUACACAUUACUCUUAACAUUCCUUUAUUUACUUGGAGCAUCUAUGUUGUGGCAAGGAAAUGCUAUAUUUUUACAUAAUAUAAUGAUGAUUAAAAAUCUCGUCUAAUA